UCCUUUUUGUCUUUUGAAAAACCAGCUACAUAUGUUGUCUGAAACCCAACAUAAGAAGUAAAAAACCAGCUUCAACAUCCAAAUUUCCAUAUGGAAUCAUGGGUUCAACCUUGAAACCAAUGUCUCUUCUUCCUCAAACACUAACCCUUUUAGCCUUUUCACAUAUAGUAAUAAUCCUAUCAAAUGCGGAAACCACUUCAGAUUAUAGUACCUUUAUAUUCAAAAACUGCACCACCAACACAUUUACAGAUUCAACCAAGUUCCAUUCCGAAACCCUUUCGACCUUUUUCGAAGAACUUGUAUCCAAAUCUUCCCAAGAAAAGUUCUACAAAACUACCACGGGAGAUGAUAACAAUGGCAUUUCAGGCUUCUUUCAAUGCAGGGGUGAUCUAAACAACAAUGACUGCUACAAAUGCAUAACAUCUCUUCCUGAAAUGUUGAACACUUUGUGUAAUAAAGCUGUUUCGGCUCGGAUUCAGCUCCAUGGCUGCAAUGUUCACUAUGAAGCUGAUGAGUUCAUUGAGGAAAGGUCUAAAUUCGAGUUGCUUCACAAGGUUUGCGAAGAGAAAAAGGCGGUGGUUGUGGAGUUCGAAGAGGUGAGGGAUGCAGCAUUUGCAGGUGUGGAAAGUGGGGUGAUAGAUGGAGAUGGAUAUUGUAAAGAAAAUUAUGGACUGAUGCAGGUCAUUGCAGAGUGUGAAGGGGAUUUGGGGCCUUGUGAUUGUGGUGAAUGUGUGACCGCUGCACUUCAGAUUGCUGAAGAAGAGUGUGGUACCUCACUUUCAGGACAAGUUUAUUUGGACAGUUGCUUUAUUAGCUAUGGUUACUACCCAGAUGGAAUACCAGACAAGUUCAAUCAUGAAAGAAAAGGUGGGACUAAUAACAAUGGGAAAUUGGUAGCAAUUGUAUUGGGAGGGGCAGCAGCUUUAUUCAUUGGCUACAUAUUAUUCUUGUCUCUCAAGAACUUGGGGAAGAAAGAGGAUGAUUUUUGAAGAAACAUGUGCCUUAAAUUUGAUCUGUGAAGAUGGUGAGAGCAUUGUUGUUUUAGGUAGGAAAGAAAGAUCAAAUUUUCUUCAGCUGGUUGUUUAAAUUUGGUGAAAGAAAAGUGGAAAUUGCAAAAAAGGCAAUUUGAUGAUCAUGAUUUCUCCUUAUUAUUUCAUAACCUUUGAAAUUUAUUAUAUAUAAAAUUUUAGUUCUAUAGUCAA